AUGGUUGCCCAAAUUCUCGACGGUAAGGCGGUGGCGCAACAGAUCCGCUCGGAUCUCCACCUCGAGAUCGACCAGUUCAAAGCUAAGCACGCUGACUUCGCCCCGAAGCUCGCGAUCGUCCAGGUGGGCGCCCGUCCCGACCUGACCACCUACGUGAAAAUGAAGUUGAAGGCGGCUGAAGAAGCCGGCAUCAACUGCGACAUCAUCAAUCUCCCCGAAGACACCACCGAAUUCAACGUGUUGCUGUUGGUGGCUAAGCUUAACGCCGACAUCGCCGUUGACGGUAUCUUGGUGCAACUCCCCCUCCCCAGCCACAUUGACGAAAAGAAGGUGACGCUGGCGGUGCUCACCGACAAGGACGUCGAUGGGUUCGGCCCCGAAAACAUCGGUGAGCUUGCCAAGAAGGGCGGCGAACCGCAAUUUUUGCCGUGCACGCCCAAGGGGAUCAUGGAGUUAUUGGACAACGCUGGCUGUAACGUCGCCGGCAAAAACGCCGUGGUGUUGGGCCGGUCCGACAUUGUCGGCAAGCCGGUGGCGCAGUUGUUGACGAGAGCCAACGCCACCGUCACCACCGUCCACUCGCAAACGCCGUUGGACAUGUUGCAGCUGUACGUGUCGAUUGCCGACAUCGUCAUUGCUGCCAUUGGCAAGCCUCACUUUGUCCAAGGCGACUGGAUCAAGCCCGGAGCUGUGGUGAUUGACGUCGGGACCAACUUCAUCCCCGACGCUCUGAAGAAGCUGGGCCAACGGAUGGUCGGUGACGUCGACUUCGACCUGGCGAAGGAAAAGGCGCUGUUCAUCACCCCUGUCCCCGGUGGGGUGGGGCCGAUGACGGUGGCGUGUUUGAUGGAAAACGUGGUGUUGGCGGCCAAACGCCACUACGCGCAAAACAACGUCACCCCGAAGUUCACCAACCCGCUCAAGUUGAACUUGCAGACGCCGGUGCCGCUGGACUUUGAGAUUCUGCGGGCCCAGGAGCCGAAGAAGAUCGACGCCGUCGCCAAGGAGGCGGGGGUUUUGGACCUGGAACUCGAGUUGUUUGGCCUGUACAAGGGUAAGGUGUCGCUCAAGCUUUUGGACCGGUUAAAGCACAAGCGCAAUGGUAAGUACGUGCUCGUCACUGGGAUCACCCCCACCCCCUUGGGUGAAGGGAAACUGACCACUACCGUGGGGUUGGCGCAAGCGUUGGGGGCCCACCUCAACAAAAACGUGUUUGCCAACGUUCGUCAACCGCUGAUGGGUCCCACUUUCGGGAUCAAGGGUGGUGCUGCCGGUGGUGGUUACUCGCAAGUUAUUCCCAUGGACGAGUUUAACAUGCACGUCACUGGUGACAUCCACGCCAUCACCAUGGCCAACAACUUGUUGGCUGCUGCUAUCGACACCCGGAUGUUCCACGAGUCCACGUCGAAGCUGAUUUCUGGUUUCUACAAGCGUUUGGUCCCGGCGAAGAAGGGGGUGAGAACGUUCACUCCCUCGAUGCUCAGAAGACUCAAGAAGUUGGGUAUUGACAAGACCAACCCCGACGACUUGACUGAGGAGGAAGUGGAACGGUUCGCCAAGUUGGACAUCGAUCCCGACACCAUCACCUGGCGCCGGGUGGUCGACUGCAACGACCGGUUCCUCAGAGGCAUCACCAUCGGUGAAGCCCCCACCGAAAGAGGGUUCACCCGCAACACCGGGUUCGACAUCACCGUGGCCCUGGAGUGCAUGGCGAUUCUUGCCCUUGCCAACUCGUUGGAGGACAUGCGUGAACGUUUAGGGGCGAUGGUGGUGGCGCUGUCGAAGCUGGGCGAGCCCAUCACUGCCGAGGAUAUCGGCUGUGCCGGCGCGUUGACUGCGUUGUUGAAGGACGCCAUCAAGCCUAACAUCAUGCAAACGCUCGAAGGCACCCCCGUGUUCGUGCACGCCGGUCCUUUCGCCAACAUUUCCAUCGGGGCUUCAUCGAUCUUGGCCGACAAGAUGGCACUCAAGCUUGUGGGGACUCUGGCCGACGUGCUGGAGGAAGAACAGCGGGAACAAGAAGGUUACGUUGUCACUGAGGCCGGUUUCGAUUUUACCAUGGGCGGGGAACGGUUCAUCAACAUCAAGUGCCGAUCGCUGGGACUUGAGCCCGAUGUCAUUGUCAUUGUUGCCACGGUGCGGGCGCUUAAGGUCCACGGCGGUGGUCCCGAAGUCAAGGCCGGGGCGCCGUUGGCACCCGAAUACACGCAGGAAAACGUUGAUCUUUUGCGGGCGGGGUGUUCCAACUUGGCUAAGCACAUUGCUAACGCGAAGGCCUACGGGUUGCCGGUGGUGGUGGCCAUCAAUAAGAUGUCGAGCGACACCGACCGCGAACACGAUGUCAUCCGCGAAGAGGCGCUCAAAGCGGGCGCUGACGAUGCCAUUGUGUCCAACCACUGGGAACAAGGUGGUGCUGGUGCUGUGGAUUUGGCUCAAGGUGUGAUCAAGGCGGCUAACUCACCUGAACGUAACUUCCGCUUCCUCUACGCCACCGAGGGAUCGCUGGUGGAAGACAAAAUUGCCACCAUUGCCAAAGAAAUGUACGGUGCCGGCGAAGUUGAGUUUUUGCCCGAAGCGCAAAAGAAGAUCGAUUUGUACACUCGCCAAGGGUUCCUGAACUUGCCCAUUUGUAUCGCCAAGACUCAGUACUCAUUGUCUCACGACGCCGCGCUCAAGGGUGUGCCCACUGGGUUCAAGUUCCCCAUUCGUGACGUUAGAGCUCUGAUCGGCGCCGGUUACUUGUAUGCGUUAGCGGCAGAAAUUCAAACCAUUCCUGGUUUGCCCACUCACUGUGGCUUCAUGAACGUCGAAGUCAAUGAAGACGGCGAGAUCGAUGGGCUCUUUUAA